AUGUCAAAUACGAAUACAAAUGUGCGAUCUUUACGCGAUAAAUUUCAGCUAUCACAAGUUAAUCAAUAUGAUAAUGUAACUAAACAGCAACAUGAUAUAUCAUUUCAAUGUAUUCAUUGUGGUAAACAUCAGACACUGACGAUUCUUCUACAAGCAGAUGUAACACAAGAAAUUCCAGCAACGAAAGCGAAUGACUAUGAACCUAAGCCUCCCGCCACACUUCGAGAAGUUUCUCCCAUUAGUGAAGAAGAACAAGAGGAUACAAUCCCACCAUUGCAUCGAUCUAACUAUUCAUUAGAAUUUCGUCAUUCGGAUGAAGAUCUUACGCGAUCAUCCAUCGAACCAAACAUCAAAGGUUUGAUUGAUAAUUGUGUUCGUUCUAGUUUACAUGAUCUUUCCCAAGUUCAAAGAGAAAGUGAUACACGUGAGGUUAUCUCGAUCGAUAUCGAAUAUGAUCCGAUAUUAGGAAAUGUUCGUUCAACAAGAAAACGUUCAAGUACGAUGACAACAAAUCUUGAUAAUGACUAUCGUCCAAUUAAUACUCGCCACCAGUCUGUAAAUAGUCGAAUUAAAGUCUUACCAACAGAUUCCGAUUCGGAUUCAACAAAACCAAUCUGGGCACGACGUCGAAUUUCUCAUUCAACUGUUAAACCAUCGGAUCUAAUUCGAGAGUAUGAUAAACGAGAAAAACUCGAAGCUAAUGCCUUAAGACGUUUGUCACGAGCAGAUACGGCUGGAGAAGGUGUCGUACCCAAUUCUACAAUACGACCCGCGAUGAAUCCACAAAGCCCAGCGAUGAUCAAAGAAAAAAUCUUGCGUUGGUGUCAAGAUUUAACUCAAUUUUACAAAGGUGUGAACAUUCGAAACUUUUCUUCGUCAUGGAGUGACGGUUUAGCAUUCUGCGCUAUUAUUCAUCGUUAUUUCCCAGAUGAGUUCAACUUCGAGAUUUUGAAUAGCGAUGAUCGUCGGCAAAAUUUCGAUCUCGCUUUCACUGUUGCUUUAGAACGUGCUGGCGUCGAACCACUGAUUGAUACUGACGAUAUGAUGUAUAUGGGUGAUAAACCAGAUUGGAAGGUUGUUUUCACUUAUGUUCAAAGUUUAUAUCGUCAUUUAUCACGUACACAACCACCAGCUACGCUGCGCGAACGUUGGUGA